AUGGUUGGAAGAGGAGCACAGGAGCCGCUUCGUCUGGUUCUGCUCGGCCUUCAGGGAGUCGGCAAGAGUGCAGCCGGAAACACCAUUCUGAACAAAGAGGAGUUCCACUCAGACAUCAGUGCCGCUUCCCUCACAUUAACAAGUGAACAGAAGGAUGCUGUUGUCUUUGGGAGGAGAGUGACUGUUGUGGACACUCCUGGCAUUUUAAACUGUGAUGAGCCUAAUGCUCAUGUGAAGCAAGAAGUGCUAAGAGCCUUGAAUCUGUGUGAUCCCGGACCCCACGCUAUUCUCCUGGUUAUUCAGCUGGGCCGCUUCACUGAGCAGGAAAGACGAGUGAUGGACACUCUACAGAAGAUCUUGUGCUCAAAUUAUCAUGUGUUCAAUAAUACUGACAGAGAAAACAAACGCCAGGUCAGCGAGCUCUUUGAGAAACUGGACCAUCAGAUAGGAAAGAGAAAGCAGCGACAUCCAUGUGAGGAGCUCAGGAUUGUUCUCUUGGGGAAGACUGGAGUUGGGAAAAGUGCAGCUGGAAACACCAUUCUAGGCGCAGAAUAUUUCAAAGAGGAUUUUUCAUCUUUAUCCAUGACGAAAGUGUGCUGGAAGGCUACAAAGAACAUUAACAGCACAAAGGUCGCUGUUAUUGACACACCAGGUUUGUUUGACCGCAGCUUUACUAUAGAGGAGAUAGUCAGCAGGAUUAAGCUCUCCAUCCCUCUUUCUGCUACCGGUCCACACGUCUUCCUUCUGGUGCUUCGGCCUGGCCGAUUCACAAAAGAAGACAAAGACACGGUGGACAUCUUUGUCAAGAUCUUUGGAGAAGAUGCAGGUAAACAUUUCAUGAUUUUGUUUACACAUGGAGACGAGUUGAAGGGGAAAACUAUUGAAGAGUUUAUCACUGGAAAUCCUGAUUUGAAGAUGCUCUUUGAGAAAUGCCAGGAGCAAUACCAUGUUUUCAAUAAUAAAGUCAAGGAUGCCCUGCAGGUUGAUCAACUUUUUGAGAAAAUGCAAAAGGUGAUUUCUGGAAAUGGAGGACACUUUUACACCAGUGAAAUGCUUGAGAAGGCAGAGAAUGCCAUUGAGGAGGAGAAAAGGCGAAUCUUGCUAGAAAAUGAAGAGCAGAGGAGCCGGGAACUGGAGAUGCUGAAAACCAGCUUUGAAGCAGAGGCUCUGAAACAGGCCAUGACAGAGCUGUGGGAAAGACACGAGAGAGAGGCCAGAGAAAAGGCUGAGAGAAACAACAGAUAUCUUCAAAUAAUUGCAGAGUUUCUGGCUGCUGCUCUUGAAAAGUUCAUUAUGAGGAAACUUGGGCAUAAUCAAUAAGUGGUCUACAGCUGUUAGAUCAGGGGUGUCAAACUCAAUUCCUGGAGGGCCAAAGCCCUGCAC